UCCAAUAAAAAUCUUCUUCUUCGGGAGGUGAAGCUCUUUUUUCAAUUUUGUCUCAGAAACCCUAAAUUCCUAAAUUUCAAUCCGAAAGGGAGGCGCAAGAAUUUAACUUUACGAAUUCUCAAGAAAGGCUUGUUGCUUGGAGUUAUGAUAUUGGAUGCGAAUGUGGUACUUCUUAAGGGUCCAACAGUCAUACCCAUGUCUAUCUGAGGUGUCUGCAAUGCGUCCAACCUGGGUAUGGAUAAAGUGAAUGGUUGGAUCAAUGUGACUUCUUGGUGCCUGUUAAUGAUUUUGCUUCACCGGGAUAAAGCCAUGGCAUUAAAUCAGAUCAGAUCAUUGAGAAGUGUCAUUGUUGCCAAGGAGGCAGUUGCUGUGGGACAUCGAACAUUUGCUGCAGGGGCUGGCAAAACUAAGAAAGGCUCUAAAGGGGCAGCCAGUGAUGCGCCAAAAGCAUCAAUACUCAGCAAAGAAGUGAAGUCGACAACAGUGGUUGGUGCAAAUAUACUUAAGGAUGGAGCAGACUCGAAAAUCAUGCCCGAUUCUGAGUACCCUGAUUGGCUGUGGCAUCUGCUUGACAAACGUCCAGCAUUGAGUGAGCUAAGGAGGAAAAACAUUGAAACACUUCCAUAUGAAGAUCUUAAACGCUUUGUCAAGUUGGACAACCGAGCAAGGAUAAAAGAAAACAAUUCGGUCAAGGCCAAAAACUGAUACUACGAUUAUUGAAAGUAAUUUAUAUGAGGCAUUAUUUCUUUGUCAAGAACGAUGCAUCCUUUCUUCUGGGAUUCCCUCCGUUGAUUCAUUUGCGUGUGUAUUGAUGGAAUAGAAAUGAAGGCAAAGCAAAAAUAAUUAAGCAUAUCUCUGUGUCUCCAAAUGCUGCUUUGUUUGGCUGUCCCUUCUAGUUUUUCAUUUUCUCUUCUCUUUAGAACUGCUUUUAACGAGAAAUAAUCUACCAUAUCCAAUGAUGAAGAAUUGUUGUAUGGCUGCUUAUUGCAUAAAGCUACCAUGGUAAUUCUUCUAUUCAACAUUACAUUGACUUAAAAUAAAAGAUGGGAAAGUAUUACA